CUGCACUUUGCCUGGCCGGCUUCUUGGGGCGUCAGAGCUUCGGCGAACCUCAACACCACGAACACAUCGACCCGCGCAAUUGCCGCUCGCAACCGCCCCAUUGUAGCCCACCAUGGCGUUAGAAUCCAGCGAGACACCCCGGCGGGCGACCCGCGAGGAGAUGCGCGAUGCGAAGCUGCCCUUGCAAUACCGAGAUAGCUGCGCCCACCUGCUGAUUCCGCUCAAUCGGUGUCGCUUCGAGACCUACUACAUGCCUUGGAAGUGUGAGGACGAGAGGCACAGCUACGAAAAGUGCCAAUACGUCGAGUUCAAGAAGCGCGUCGCCAAGAUGAACGAGCUCAGGGAGGCAAAGGGCGGGGCGCGGAGCAAUUGAGAGGGCCAAAUGUGGCCGAAUGAUGUCCUGAUGGGCGGGAAAUGGUUCCGCCGUGUACAUAUGGGGUUGGUUGGCAGUCGAGGCUGGCAAAGAUAGACGGCAAUGCACUGCAUCGACAUACCUAUCAAUUUUUUUUCAUCCUUCCCUUUUCCUUUUCCUUCCUUCCCAUCCCUCCUAUUUCUCUCUCUCUCUCUCUUUUCUAUUUCUUUUUAUCCUUUUUCUCUUUCCCAUCUUUUCUUUUCUCUCCCCUCCUGAUGGAAUCCCGUGGGCCUCUCGACGUCGGGGAUGCUGGGCCUUGUGGAAU